AAUUUAACAAAUCUUUCAUUUAUUAUAUUUUUUUGCAUUAUAUUAAUCAUAAAAAACACUAAAAAAAUUAUUAACUAAUUCACUAUAAAUACUCAUUUUGUAUCAUAUAAUUUCAUCCCCCCAAACUAACAAAGAAAUAAAUCAAAUCAACUCAGCAAAACUAGUUCCUUGAGUUUUAAUUUAAAUCGAAAAAGAAAAACUAACAAAACAAAAAAAUAUGAAAUCAAUCAAUUAUUUCUGUUUUUAAUCAUUUCAAUUCAUGUGAAUUUAAUAAACAAAAAAAAAAAGGAAAAGGACCUUUUUGUUGCACACCAAAAAAUUCCAUUUGACAGCUUCCAUCCAUCGUCGCGGCAAAUAAUUUGGCGCCAAAACAUUUUUUGGCAUUUCGAUAAAUGUGUGUGCCCAAAGAAUUGAAUUGAUUUUUCUUCCGCUUUUAAACUCUUCUCAACCCCCUUUUUUUUUUUUUGCGCGAACUAACAUUAUGAAAUCAACUGAAGGUAAAGUCCGCGGAAGGCCACCAAUUCGAAAACAAAAGAACACUUCGAGUGCGUCAUCGGAAAAUGAGAACAACAAAAGUAUUUUGGACUUCUUUAGUCCGCCACGAACAACUGACAGCACGAGCUUAAACAAUAAUGACAAGCGAACUGGAUCAACGCCAAAAAGAAGAAAAAACCCUUUGGAAAAUCUUCAGUCGAAUUUGAGUCCAAAAUACAUUGGUUUUAGCACACCAACGUCUACAGACAAACGCAGAUCAAGAUAUCGGACGACUAAGUUGAACGACUCGGAUGGUCCGAGUUCGUACUUUCAGUCGAGUCACAGUCUGAUUGGAUGUGUUCGUCGGACGACGGUAAACGGUCGCCUCAAUUCACCCAAGUCGUCACCAGAAGUCUCGACACGAAGAGGUGAUCUUUUUGAAUCUCCCAUUGAAAAGUUGCUCCGUAAAAACGGUGCAAUGAAAUCUUUACCCAAUUCACCAAAUAUGGGUCAGACUUCAACGCCAGACUUUACAGAGGAAAUUGGAAGCAACAAGAAGAAGAAUUGUGUCGUUCGGUUGGAACAAAUGAGUCAUGAUAUGGUUCCUUUUGGCAACAAUAGCACUGUAAAUGUGGAAGAAGAAGUUGGAAGAGAUUUUAUUGAUUUGACUGGGGACCACGAAGAACGUGUGAUGGGCGAUGAGGAUGAAAUUCUUGUGUUAACAGCUGUGCAUGACAAAGUAACAGAUAGUGUUGCUGAGGCGGCAAAUACUGAAAGUAUCCAUGAAGUUGAAAAAGAUGACAUUGCUUCGAAAGCUAUGGAUGAGGAUAUUGUGAUGGAAGAAAAUGAACCAAAUGAAGAAUUCCAAAUUAUAAAAGAAUCACCCGCAGUUCCAACAUCCAUUCCUGAAAAGGAAACAGUUAAACAGAUGCCAAAACUUACUGUUGAAGUGGAUGACGUUAUAAACACUCAGGAGGAGGAAAGUGAAAGCAGUCCCAAAGAUCAGGAAACUCGAAAUGAUUCAGCUCAAAAGGAGCACAUUGUUGUUGUCGUAGAAGACAAAGCUCCUGCUAGUGAAGAUCCAAUAGAAGAGUUACUUCCAAGUUCAGACGAUCAUGAAAUUAUACCUCCAACAGAUGAUCUUCCAACAAUUAUUGAUGCCGAAGAAGACAACCAAACUAUCAACAUUCCACAUGAAACAAAUAAACAAGAUACGCUUUCUGAGUCUUCAUCAAAUCAGAAAGAUAUCACUGAAGCAAUCAACAUAAACACAGAAUUAGAAGAUAAUAACAACGAACAGCUUCUGGAUUCAAAUACAAAAUUUCACAGUGAAGAUAUGCUCUCGUUAAAAUCACCUUCCACUUAUUCAGUAGACAGUGCCAAAGGUUCAUCGCUUGACAACGAUUUGAAUUGGGUAUCCAUUGAGACGGGUGAUUUGUUCUGGGGUCAAAUAUUCCAAUUCUCCUAUUGGCCAUGCAUCGUGUGUCCAGAUCCAGAGGGCAAGACAAUAACUAUCAACGAGAAUCGCGAUCAAUCUCAGCAUGUGAUGAUUCAUGUACGAUUCUUUGCUGACAACGGCCGUCGUAGUUGGGUGAAAAGAGACAAUUUGGUGGCGUUCAAUGGUUUGGAUGCCUAUAAAAGGAAACAGAAAGAAAUUGAAGAAAAGUAUGGCAAGAGACAUCCAAAAUCCAAGGUUUUUGCAAUCGGGAAGAGAACAAAACUCUGGCAACAAGCAAUUAGAGAGGCUGAUUUAAUUGAAACGAUUGCAAUAGAGGAACGAAUGGAUAUGUUCAAUAAACUGCUGGAAGAAGUUAAGGCCAACAACAACUUGGAACGAAAACGUCGUCAAUCAACCAUACAUUCCUCAACAUCGGAUCUCUACAGUAUGUUCGAUUCAAAUGAUAAUUUGUACCUGAAAAAGGCCACCCUCAAACGGGAUCGGUCACCAACACCAGUGAGUCCGGCUUUUUCGCCAGUCGCAGCUAAAAACUCUGAAAAAAGAAUCAAACUAGAUUACCACAAUACAAGUAGAUCAUCAUUUAUGGAUGAUCUAGAUAUGAAUCCCGAUGGUCAACCAGAUCCAGAUGAAUCAGCUUUAACCACGUCGACGACGAUGACAAUGGGAACCGAAUUGGAACGUAUGCAAAAUGAAGACAUCUAUAAUGAUAUUGAAUUUAAAAAAUUCGCCUCCGCCAUGCGAUCAUUUAUUUUGGAAAAUUCCAAAGAUCCCAAAUUGAAUAUGGAAUUUAUGACAAAUGUUCGAAGUAUGUGGGCCCUCAAACACAUCACAUUUCGUAAUCGUCUAGAAGCUCAAAGUAUGUCGAAUGGCAUGAAACGUCUUUCACAAAGAAUUCGUAACAUAUCAAUACAGAGAAGUCUGCCAUCGACACCGGUACAAAAUCAUGAACAACUUGUAGCGAAGUCGGAAGGACCCAAACCAAAAAGACUUGUUAAUCGACCAAUUGACGAAGUAAUUGAUGAUAUCUUCCAGUUGGAUAGUAAAUACCUUUUUAGAGACGUCUCGAAAGACCCAGUUUGCAAAGAAUGCUUUAAAGCUGGCCCAGAUGUUGUCAAAUGCUCAAUGAACUGUCAGACAUAUUUACAUCCUGGAUGCAGUGUAAACUGCCCCGAAGACGAGCCAGUGGCCACUCCAUUUGUCCACAUAACUGGUGACCUCGAAGAAGAAGAAGCGGCAGUGACGAAAGAGCUCCCACCAGUUAUUUGCAAGGCAUGUUAUACCGGAGAAGCUACCAAAUGUUUCGUUUGCAAAAAGGAUACUCCCGAAUUAGGCGAUAUGGCCAGAUGUAGUAGUCACCAGUGCAGUAAAUUCUACCACCCGGCCUGUCUCAAGUACUGGCCACAGGCUAAACUGACCAAAUCAGCUGGGAAGCUUGAAAAUCUGCGUUGCCCUGCCCAUGUUUGUCACACUUGCGUUUCCGACGACCCAAAAGGAAAGUUUCUCCAUAUUGAAAAAUCCAAACUUACCAAGUGUCUCAAGUGUCCGGCAACUUAUCACAUGGACUCCACUUGCAUCCCAGCCGGUUCGCAAUUUCUGUCUGCUGCGCUGAUCAUUUGUCCUCGACAUUACAAACAACAAGCAGACCAGUUGCUGAAUGUGAAUUGGUGUUUUAUAUGCGUAGCCGGCGGAAAGCUUAUUUGCUGUGAAACUUGUCCCACAGCCGUGCAUGCGGAAUGCUUAAAAAUUCCAGUCGCUGAUGAGGGAUACAUAUGCGAAGAAUGUGAAACCGGACGAAUGCCACUCUAUGGUGAGAUGGUUUGGGCAAAGUUUAGAAAUUUCCGCUGGUGGCCGUCAAUAAUUCUGCCGCCAACUGAAGUGCCAUUGAAUUUAGUUAAUAAAGCCCACAAUCCAUUUGAGUUUGUGAUUAGGUUUUUCGGUAGCAAUGACCAUGGGUGGAUUAGUAGAAGAAGAGUGUAUUUGUAUCAAGAAGGCGAUACCUGCGAACCCCCAAAAACUCUGAAAGGAGGUCUUGAUUUAAAUUAUACAAAAGGAGUCGAAGAAGCUCAACGCAUAGCUGUAAUUAUCAAAGAAAAGAAGAUGCUAUUAAAAGCAAAUGACAAAAAACAGCGAGUUAGUCCACUGCCGUAUGUCAAAAUCAAAUCGAAUCGUGCUGUUCCACCGCUAAAGCUGCUAGUUGACUAUGAUAAAAUAAAUAAAUGCGACUGCGAUAAGGAUAGUGAAAACCCGUGUGGUCAAGAUUCGGGCUGCUUGAAUCGGGUUCUCUAUAAUGAGUGCAAUCCUAAAAUAUGCCCAGCUGGCGAACGUUGUCAGAAUCAAAUGUUUGAAAAGAAACUCUAUCCCAAGUUGCAAGUUAUGUAUAUGAAUGAAAAAGGUUUUGGUUUGAUUUGUUUGGAGCCUAUAAGUGCUGGCACUUUUGUUAUUGAGUAUGUGGGUGAGGUAAUUGACGAUGCUGAAUUCCGACGACGAAUUUCGCAGAAAGAACAGGAACGCGACGAGAAUUUCUAUUUUCUAACAUUGGAAAAAGAUUAUAUUAUCGAUGCCGGACCGAAGGGUAAUUUGGCCAGAUUUAUGAAUCAUUCGUGUGAUCCGAAUUGUGAGACACAAAAAUGGUGUAUAAAUGGAUUGGAUCGUAUUGGUUUGUUUGCGAUUAAGGAUAUACCCAAGAAUUCCGAACUCACGUUCAACUACUAUUGGGAUGAACUGCUUGGUAAUGAUAAGAAAAAUUGUCAUUGUGGAGCUGAAAAGUGUGCUGGUGUUAUAGGCGGAAAAAAUAAACAAACUAAAAAAAUAUCUCCAGCUACUACUGAACCUGCAAAAAUAAAAAACAGACGCGUUACAAAUGCAAAACUGAAGCCUCAGAAAAGAAAGCAAAAUCUUAAACCUAAAGAACCUAAAGAGCCUAAAAAGUCAACAACAUCAAAACUGCCAGCAAAAAUCAACUCCAGUAAUUCAUCAUUAAUCGCUGAUACAACCGUCGUCGAUGAAGACAAACUUCCAUCCCAACAACAACCAUCCACCAGUCCGAAAGUUCCAACCCAAAGUGAACCAAAAACCGUUAUUACUGAAGAAUCAUCAUCAUCAUCAUCACCAACAAAAGGAGCUACCCCGCCAUCUACGACGACGUCGUGAGCAGUUUUUCUUCAAAAAUAUUAAUUAUUCAAUUGUUGUUUAGAUAUUUUUUAAAUGAACCUUAAUAUUUUUAUAUUUAUUUUUCAAAAAAAAAAAACAAAAAAAAAAUGUUUGAAAAGAUCAAACCCUACUUUUUCAGUUAAAAAUGUUUGUGUAAAUUUAUAUAUAUUUGCUGUUGCAACAAUUAAAUUCAAUGUUGAUCCUUUGAUUUAAAAAGUUUUUACUUGAAAACAGCUGGUAUACGAAAGUUUUUGCAAAAUAAUCUUUUUGAUUAUUUUGUAUUAAGCGCAACAUGAGCCUUAUACGUAGAAUGAUGGUAACUUCCAUCAAGAAUAAGCUGAAAUCUAAUGUUAAAUGCAUUAUUUAUUACGGGUUUCUUCUGUUAUAUAUAUAUACAAAACAAAAUACAGUUACAUUAUGUUUCCAAAAGUGAAUGUUAAAAAAGAAAAUGUUAAACAAAAUAACACCGAAGAGAGCGUGUUGAGAAAAAAAGAAGAUAAAAGCCAAAACCGAUGGUGUGUUUAUUACCUUUUUUUUUUAAAUAAUAAUAACAAUUAAUAAUUUAUUUGUGUUUAUUCUAUUAUGUUUAAGAAUGAUUUAUGCUAGAAUUAGAAAGUUACAUUUGAUUUUUGCUUUUAUUCGAAUAAAUAUUUUACAACGCUGUUUUAGGAUACUGGUUAAAAUAAAAAAUAAAAAUGAAUUAUUUGUGUAGAUAUUAAUA